CCGCCCCGCCGCCGUUCCGGGCCCGCCGUUCCGGCCCCGCCGCCCCCAUGGAGCCCGUGCGCUGCUGGGGCCCCGCACAACCGGCCGCCUGGCUCCGAGGGCUGGACGCGGCCGUGCAGGGGUACCCCUUCGAGGCCUGGGGGCUCUCGGGGCCCGACCUGCUGGGGCUGGAGCCGGGGGGCCUGGAGGCUCUGGGCGUGUGGCCCGUGGGACACCAGGAGCUGCUGCUGGAGGCCGUGGAGCAGCUGCGGAACCUGGACACAAGGCUGGCGAGCACCAGCCUGCGGACACUGACGGAGAGGCUGCAGGAGCUGGCACAGGGCAUCCAGAGCCUGGUGCAGGGGGGGCUGCCAGCAGGGGAUGCCCCCCAGCCGCCCUCCCUCACCCUCCUGGCCCGAGUCAUCGACCUGGUCGGGGCUGCCAAGGAGCUCUUCUCCUGGCUCAACAGGUACCUGUUCUCCACCCUCAAUGACUUUUCAGCCAGCCGGGACAUCAUCGUGCUGUGUGCCCAGCUGGCAGAGACGCUGCAGGCGGACCUCCCUGCGGCCCAGAGGAGCAGCGGGAUCCUGCAGAUUUGCCAGCACAUCGAGGGCAUCUGCGAGAGCAUCGUGGGCUGCAGCCCCCCGGCGCUGCUGGAGCGCAGGGCUGUGCUGCAGAGCGUGGGGCUGGCGCUGCUCCCCGGCCCACAGGGCAGCCCCCCGACGUCCCCCAGCACCCCAACACUGCCCCUCGGCCCGUGGCAGAGCCCCCCAGCGUCCCCUGAGCCCCCAGCAGCGCCCUGUGAUGUUCUGGGGAGCCCCCAGGCCCUGCUCACCGCCCGGCUGGGCUUUGAGAUCACCUCCACCAGCUCCUGCCUGCACCUCGUGUCUGCCACCAGCCCGGAGGCCCUGGCUGCCCACGGGGGCCACAUCCUGCCCGGGGAUGAGAUCGUGCAGGUCAACGAGCAGGUGGUGGUGAGUGGGGGACGGGCUCCAGGGUGGGAGGACACGGACAGGGCGGGCUCAGGUGGGGGAUGCAGGAGUUAUGAGCAGCAAAAAGCAGGAGCCAUGGCUGCGGAAGCUCUGGGGGACACAGGAGCCAUUGCCAGGAGGAUGUGGGGGAUGUGGGAUCUGUGGCUGGGGUGGGUUUGGGGGAUCAAACACCCAUGGAGUCGGGGCAGUGGCCCACAGCUCACCCAGCAUUUGCAGGUGGGUUGGACGCCUGUCAGCCUGGCCAGGAAGCUGCUGGAGAAGGGGAACAGGGUGACUUUGGUGCUGAAGAAGAUCCCCCUCGACCUGCCCGGCCCACCCCCCUCUCCCAGGCAGCAGCCCCCAGGAGCAUUUUUGGAUGCUGCAGAUUCCCCUGGCACCAGGAGCGGUGAGAGCCCAGGCAGCCCCGUGUCCUUGACCUCCAGCGUCGCGGCUGACCUGGACUCGGGAGCAGAGUCUGUCCCGGAUCCCGUCACUGACGAGGAGCAGGAGGAGGCCGAGCGGGAGCCCAGGCUGCCCGGGGCAGCUGUGGAGGAGCUGCCGGGCCCGGCCGGGCAGGGCGCUGCAGAGGAGCUGUGGGACAGCGGCAGCGCCCUGGGCACCCCCCCGAGCAGCCCUGCUGCCCCUGAGCCCCGUGGCACAGAGCUGAGCCCCAGGGCAGCAGGGGCAGCAGAGCCCAGCCCUGCGGAGGGCAGCCCCAGCACGGGACGGAGACCUAAAGGCGUGGCCACCCGGCUGAGCCGCCGGCGGGUGUCGUGCCGGGACCUGGGCCGGGCGGAUUGUGACGGGUGGCUCCUCAAGAAGAAGGAGCACGUGGGCUUCAUGGCCCAGAAGUGGAAGCGGUGCUGGGUGGUGCUCAAGGGCCACACGCUCUACUGGUACAACCACCCCAACGAUGAGAGGGCUGCAGGACUCAUCAACGUGGCCACCUACAACCUGGAGAGCACCAGGGAGCAGAAGAAGAAAUACGUGUUCCAGCUGUGCCACCAGACAUACAAGCCCUUUGUGUUUGCUGCUGAAACCCUGGCUGACCUGAGCAUGUGGGUCAGUCGCCUGGUGACAGCCAAGACAAAGCACACGCUGGCCCAGCAGGCAGUCCCAGACAAGGAGGAAGACUGCUACAGUGAGACAGAAGCUGAGGACCCCGACGAUGAGACCCCCAGGCACGGAUCUGACCCGGCACGGAAGAGGCUGCAGAACAGCCCGGAGAAGGCACAGCUGUCCCCAGGCAGCAGCCCCCAGGGCAGCCCCCGGCCCUGCUCCCCCUUGGAGCCCGGCGCGGAGGAGCUGGAGCGCCUGGCGCGGUGCCUGCGGCAGGGCGGGCUGUCCCUCACGGGGCAGCGGCGGCUCCAGACGCGGGAGCAGGGCCGCAAGUCCUUCCUGCGGCGCAACAGGAACCCGCACAUCAACGAGCGGGUGCACGCCGUGCGGGCCCUGCAGAGCACGCUCAAGGCGAAGCUGGCGGAGCUGCAGGCGCUGGAGCAGCUGCUGGGAGACGCGGCGCUCACCUCGGCCACCUUCCGGCGCUGGAAGGAGGAGCACCAGGAGCUGUACCAGGAGCUGCGGGAGGGCUGGGCAGGGCAGCAGCGCCAGGGCGGUGCCGGAGAGCAGCGCGGCCCGCAGGGAGAGGCGGCCGAGCCCUGA